AAACACCGAAGGACAUCAAAUUUCUCUCUUUCACCUCUGUGCAUUUUGACUGCUCUGUUUUAGUGAUAUACUCUGCUUCACUUAGCUCUGUUUUGGGGGAGGUGACUUUCACCUCUUUUUCACAUAAGAACAUCCGUUUGGUUUUCCUGAAAAAGAAUCAAGGAAAUUUGAGUUGGAGAAAUGUUUGCAGACACAGGAGUUUUCUUUCCCUAUUUGCAGAAUUUUGGGCAGGAUACGCAGCAACUUGAGGUUUACUGCAAAUCCCAGAAAUCCAAUGUUUCUAUGAGCAACCUGCUUCAGGCCUCAACAAUAUCUGAAUAUGACCUGGGAGCGGAAGGAGAUCUGUUCAAAGCUCCAGAACCCAUAAUUGAAGAACCAGGUGUAGGCCUUGAUCCCAUGACAGCAGCCAUGUCAAUCAUCUCUUGUGGUGAAGAUGUCAUCGCCUCACAAGGACUUAAGGCUGCAGAUAUCGAAUCUAUUCAAAGUGAGCAGCUUUUGAGAGAAGUUCUCUAUGACUGCGAGAAGGAUCUCAUGGCAACAGCAGCAAUAGAAACGACACUGUCUGAGGUCCUUGAUAUGAAGAUUCCUGUUGCAAAGAUUGAUGAAAAUCAAAAUCAAGAAAACAAAGUAAUUCCUGAUGUAGCUUUCCAGAAAAGUGUUAGUUCAAGUUGCUUAAGUUCAAUGGAUUGGAUGAAAGGGCCUGCAAUGAAGCCCAAUUUUCUGGAUUUCCCUGGAAUGGAUUUUGCUGCUUAUGGAAUGAGGAGAGCAUACAGCGAAGGGGACAUAAAGGUCAGCCCUAAUUAUUUUUCCACUUUUUUUCCUACCUGUUUCUUUCUUUCCCUUUUCUUCUUUUAGUUUUCUUUUGCUAUACAAGUGCUUUUCUGCAUUUGUUUGCACAUCUGUUGGACUUUUGUGCUUCUGUGUCUAUACGUACUUGUGCUUGCACUUUUAUAAACUCUUGUGCUUCUGUGUCUAUACAUGCUUGUGCUUGCACUUCUAUUUUGUUGCAUAUGUUGGUUUUCCUCGAUCUUGCACUGGAUUUCAAAUAAUUGUAGCCACUUUCAUGAAUACUUGGAUUUCCUUUAUUGAGGAGGUACCUUUCCAUCCAUGAAACUCCCAUUAUUCAGACCGCUUUGCUAUAUUAUUUUUCGUUGGUACUUGAAAAACAAGCCACGGGUAGAUAGUUUUGGUAACAAGUUGGUACCACAUUCUCCAAUUUACAAUGAAUUCAGUAAAAUCUUUUAAAUAGACCACUUUUAAAAACAUCCAUUUGUUUUCACUUGACAAAUUCACCAUAGGGAGUGACAA